CUCACAAAAACCCUCUCUUCGCAGCCGUCUUCGGGAUCGCCCUCAAAACCUCCCGCUAUUUCUCCAACCAAAAUCGGAGGAGCCCAUGGCGAAGAACCCAAUCCGGCCACUAUCUCUGGUGAUAGCGGUGGCCAGAAGGCUGUCCACUGCGUCGCUGGCGGCCGGAGAGAACCCCUCGUCGUUGUCGUCGGCGUUGGCGGGGGACAAAGGAGGGACGAAGGAAUGGAAGCCCCUCUACCGUCGGCUCUCGGCGCUGGGCGGAGCGCCGGAAGGAAGCGUAACGAAGACCCUAAACAAGUGGGUGAGGGAGGGGAGGCCGGCGAGGGCGGUCGAGCUCAUGAAGUACGUUAAGGAGCUCCGCAAGUACCGACGCUACAACCACGCCCUUGAGCUGAUGGAUUGGAUGGUUAACACGAGAGGAAUGAACAUGUCCUACACCAACCAUGCAAUACGCUUGGAUCUCAUAGCAAAAGUCAGGGGCAUCGAAUCAGCAGAGGAGUACUUCUUCAAGCUCCCAGAACCUGCCAAGAAUGAGCGAACUUAUGGAGCCCUCUUAAACUGUUACUGUUCAGAGAAAAUGGCAGACAAAGCCAAUGCUCUCUAUGAGAAGAUGAAUGAAAUGAAUAUAGCUUCCAGUACUCUGGUCCACAACAACCUAAUGUCUCUUUACAUGAAGUUAGGCCAGCCCGAAAAGGUCCCUGCCCAGGUACAAGAGAUGAAGGAAAAAAAUAUUGCCCCAGAUAAUCUUACGUGCUGCAUCCUGAUGAACAGCUAUGCUUCACUUGGUGACAUAGACUCUGUUGAAGGAGUUAUAAAGGAAAUGGAAGAGGAAGGUGAAGUUACACUAAACUGGUCCGCAUACAGUACCCUGGCUGCCAUUUAUAGUUCAGCUGGCCUUGUUACGAAAGCGGAGUCUGCUCUCAAGCAGCUGGAGGAACUUGUAGACAGCCAUGACCGGGAGCCUUUUCAUUUUCUAAUAAGCUUGUAUGCAGGGACUGGCAAUUUAGUAGAGGUCAAUAGGAUCUGGAAGUCUCUGAAAACCACCUUUCCGAAGCCCACCAACAUGAGCUUUCUCACCAUGCUUCAGGCGCUGAAUAAACUGGAUGAUAUUGAUAGCUUGACACAAUGCUACGAGGAGUGGGAGUCAUUUUAUGUAACCUAUGACCUAAAAUUGACAAAUUUGAUGCUAGGAGCUUACUUGAGGAAGGGCAUGGUUAAAGAAGCUGAAGCACUUUGGGCAAGGACUUCAGAGAAGGGUGCAGGAUUUGACCGAAGGACGUGCGAGUUGUUCUUAGAUUGCUACUUGAAGAACCACAAUAUGGAGUUGGCUCUAAAAUGGUUGGAGAAUGCAGUUUCAAUGGUGAAACAGGAUGAGUGGAAGUUAAGUCAAGAGAAAGUUAGCACCUUCUUGAAAUGUCUAGAGGAAGCAAAGGAUGUGGAGGGUGCAGAGAGGUUCAGCAAGAGUUUGAAGGUACUCAACUGUCUUGAUACCAGAGCAUAUGAAUCACUGCUCCGAACUUAUUCUCUGGCUCGCAGGAGAGACCCUUCACUUCGUCAAAGGAUCAACGAUGAUAAGAUCGAACUGAGCUCCCACACUAAAAGGUUGCUCAAAAGGGUCUCUAGGUAGCAAGUAUUCAGUUGAUUUUUUUUGGCAACUUAUCCAAGAGGAACUUGACUUGUAUGCACGAUCAACUUCUAGACAUGAUGGGAUAAGGUGAGAAUGAGCUUGAACUAAGUUGUUUGGAAGGCCAUAUGAUUAGAAAAGGUAGAGUUCUGCACCAUUCAUUGUAACUCUGUAGAGGAAACAUAAGUACCUUAUAAGGAGCCCAACAGCCUGGUCUAUUAGAGGCUAAACCCUUAAUUAUUGUUGCUUGCACCUCUUAAAUUAGCAAGACGUUGUUGUACACUUCCUGCUUUGGUGAAGUUAAUAUUAAUUUGCAUAGUUGCCAAA